AUGCGCCUUAACCCCAGCAAGUGCGCUUUCGGUGUUCCUGCAGGCAAAUUCCUAGACUUCAUGCUUACAGAGCGAGGUAUAGAGGUUAACCCAGACAAAUGCAAGCCAGUCAUUGAAAUGCGAAGCCCGCAAACAAUCAAAGAGGUUCAACAAAUGACUGGAAGGUUAGUAGCUCUCACCCGUUUUCUGGCAAAUUCAGAACAUAAAUCUCUUCCUCUUUUUGGUUUGCUUAAAAAAGGGACCACCUUCCGGUGGUCGGAAAAAUGUGAGAACGCCUUCCAGGAGUUCAAAAGGGCUCUCUCUUGCCAACCAGUACUCGCCAAACCAGACCAUGGAGAGAUGUUGUAUUUGUACCUCGCCGUAGGUACUGAGGCGAUCAAUGCAACCCUAGUCAAAGAAUCGAAAGAAAGACAAAAGCCUGUCUACUUUAUCAACAACGUCUUACAAGGAGCUGAGCUUAGGACAAAUCAGCCAAUCCGCCAAGUUUUGCAUAAGCCAGACCUAGCUGGAAGAAUGAUGUCUUGGGCGAUAGAACUGUCAGAAUACCAAAUUGUCUACGAGCCAAGAACCGCUAUUAAGGCUCAAGCCCUAGCAGAUUUCAUCGCCGAAAUGACGCAAAGCCCUUCUUCUGAGAAUCUGUCAGCAGAAACACCUUCAUCUGGAUUUUGGAAACUAUAUGUCGACGGCUCAUCAAGCGCCAAAGGAUCAGGCGCUAGAAUGAUAGUAGAAAAUCCGGAAGGCGUGGCUGUUGAACAUUCCUUGUCUUUUGAAUUCAACGCCACAAAUAACCAGGCUGAAUAUGAGGCCAUGAUAGCUGGCCUGCUCCAAGCAAAAGAAAUGGGUGCCAGACGUGUCAAAGUCUUCAGUGACUCCCAGUUAGUAACCUUUCAGAUCUCCAGCGAGUACCAAACCAAAGGACCGUUAAUGUGCAGAUACCUAGAGAAGGUCAAAGAAUUGAUUGGAAGUUUCGAAGACGUGAAAGUGGAGCAUAUCAGGCGUGCAAAAAAUACCCGGGCGGAUAUUCUCGCCAAGUUAGCAAGCACAAAAAGCCCAGGGAACAACCGAUCAGUAAUCCAGCAUAACAUGCCAAGCCCAUGCAUCGUGAUGAGCAUUUCAAAUUCGCCAGAUGAGGCCGCCAAAGAAACCUGUACAACGCCCAUUAUCAAUUACUUGGCCGAAGGAAUUCUGCCCAGUGACGAGAAAGAAGUUCAAAAAAUAGUGCGACAAAGCGCGCAUUUCGGCCUAGUGCAAGGGCGGUUAUACAAGCAUGGACUCUCAACCCCACUCCUAAAAUGUUUGAAUCCCAAUGACGUUCAAUACGUGAUAGAAGAAAUCCAUGAAGGAAUUAACGGCCAUCACAUGGGAGGUCACUCGCUGGUAAAGAAAGCACUGAGAGCAGGGUUUUACUGGCAAACCAUGGAGCGUGAUGCCCAUGAGCACGUCAAGAACUGCGAAAAGUGCCAGAGAUUCGCUGAUGUACACAGAGCACCACCAGAAGAGUUGACGUCAAUCACCUCGCCAUGGCCUUUCUACAAAUGGGGAAUUGACAUCUUGGGUCCUUUCCCCAUGGCGCCGGGACGAGUCCAAUGGUUGAUUGUCGCCAUUGACUACUUUACCAAAUGGGUAGAGGCGGAACCCUUAGCCACAAUUACGUCUGAGUAG